AUGCCCAGGAUCAAGGCCAACCUGGUGGCUUACAAUGCCGCCCUGAGUGCCUGCGAGGUGGCGGGAGAGUGGCAACAGGGACUUCAUUUGCUGGAGGUGAGGGCAGAGAGCAGGUUCUUCAGCCAAUCUUCCAACUGCCAGGAGCUCCACCAGCAGAAGCUCUCUGCAGAUCUGGUGACCCUGAACGCUCUCCUGGGCGCUUGCAGCCGCGUGCAACGAUGGGAGGAGGCGAUGGAUUUGCUACGAGCUGCUCAGCAGAGCAAGUUGUCAUUGAACAUCUUUGCGUGCAGCACUGCAAUCAGCACUUGCGAGAAGGCGAACGAGUGGCGACGGGCACUCGAGAUUUUUGCGGAAGUGAAGGCUCUAAAUUUGAUUCUCAGCGGAUUGAGCAGCUUUUUCAAGCUAGCAUUUUUCGACAGCUGCAAAUACCUGCUUGCAGACUGCAGAUCAGAACAGGGUCAUGAUGGUACUGACCUCUUAGAGGAAGUGCCGUCUGAGAUUGCCACAGGUUUGGCUUUGUCGUUGCUGGCGGAUUGUCGUCAUUUGGAUGCCAACAUUAUCUCCUUCAGUGCCACGAUCAGUGCUCUGGAAAAGUGUAGCCAAUGGGCGCAGGUUUUGGAAUUGCUGAGGUGGUUGCCAGUGCAACGGCUCCAGCCCAAUCUGAUCACCUACAACGCAGCGAUCAGCGCUUGCCGGACACACUGGCCACUGGCGCUGCAUUUGUUCCACGAAGUUGGUUUAGUGAACCUGCAGAGAGAUUCAAUCACCUACUAUACUGCACUGAGUGCGUGUGAGGCCUGGACAGUUCGUGAAAACGGGGCUUUUCUGAAGCUCAUGGCAAGAACUUAG